UGUAAUGGACAUAGCAUUUGCAUCAAUAAUAAUGUGUGUGAACAGUGUAAAAACCUCACCACGGGAAAGCAGUGUCAAGACUGCAUGCCAGGUUAUUAUGGAGAUCCAACCAAUGGAGGACAAUGUACAGCUUGUACAUGCAGUGGACAUGCAAAUAUUUGUCAUUUGCACACAGGAAAAUGUUUCUGCACAACUAAAGGAAUAAAAGGUGAUCAAUGCCAAUUAUGUGACUCUGAAAAUCGCUAUGUUGGUAAUCCACUUAGAGGAACAUGUUAUUACAGCCUUUUGAUUGAUUAUCAGUUUACCUUUAGCUUAUUACAGGAAGAUGAUCGCCAUCAUACUGCCAUAAAUUUCAUAGCAAAUCCAGAACAGUCAAACAAAAAUUUGGAUAUUUCAAUUAAUGCAUCAAACAACUUUAAUCUCAACAUUACAUGGUCAGUUGGCUCAACAGCUGGAACCAUAACUGGGGAAGAGACUCCUAUAAUUUCCAGAACUAAUAUAAAGGAAUACAGAGAUAGUUUUUCCUAUGAAAAGUUUAACUUCAGAAGCAAUCCUAAUAUAACAUUUUAUGUGUAUGUGAGCAACUUUUCCUGGCCAAUUAAAAUACAGAUUGCAUUUUCACAACACAAUACAAUCAUGGAUCUUGUGCAGUUUUUUGUCACCUUCUUCAGUUGCUUUUUAUCCUUAUUAUUGGUGGCUGCUGUGGUAUGGAAGAUCAAACAAACCUGCUGGGCUUCUAGACGUAGAGAGCAACUGCUUCGAGAAAGACAGCAGAUGGCCAGCCGUCCCUUCGCUUCUGUUGAUGUAGCACUGGAGGUGGGAGCUGAACAGACAGACUUUCUGCGAGGGCCAUUAGAGGGUGCACCCAAGCCUAUAGCCAUUGAACCCUGUGCUGGGAACAGAGCUGCUGUUCUGACUGUGCUUCUUUGUCUGCCAAGAGGAUCAUCAGGCGCCCCACCGCCCGGGCAGUCAGGCCUUGCAAUUGCCAGUGCCCUGAUAGACAUUUCACAGCAGAAGACUUCUGAUAAUAAAGAUAAAACAUCGGGAGUCCGAAAUCGAAAACACCUCUCCACACGUCAAGGAACUUGUGUCUGAGAAGUGGAAAUCUUUCUGACAGAUUCUGUCUGACCUACCUUGUAAAUGGCUUCUGUUAAAGCUGUUCUAUGAUCCCACAUUUUAUAGAGGCCAAUCUCUGUAUAAUCCAGGGCCCAAGGACAGUCCCCUGCAAAUGGGCAAUGUCCCAAGUGGCCAAAGAAUGUUUCAUGAGUUUUAUAAAAGUAACAGUACUGAUGGUCACACCAGUGAUGAAGUCACUUUUUACUACUACUGUAUUUUAGGCUUAUCAUAGUUAACAUUAAAUUACUCUGGAAGAUUAUGUAUAUUGUUUCUUAAUGCAGAUAGAGAUAUGUAAUUCAUAUAAAGCAACUGUUUAUAUCCCAAGACUUUAAAGAAAGACAUUUUAUAAUGCCUGAACAAUGAAAAUUGUACAGUUUUGUCUCAUAAGCCAACUUAGGCCACCUGUAUAUGAAUAGGAGAUGAGCACAUCCCCAUGGUUUACAUAGUAUUUUAUCUCACUGUAAAUGCAGAAACAAGAUUUUGAUUGAGUGGAAGGAAGGUGUCUCAG